AUGCGGGCAAUGGGGUUCGGCCGGCAGCCGGUAGCUGCUGACGCGUACCCGGCAUCGCCGCUCGGCAGAAGCGUGACGCGAGGGUUCGCCGUUGAACUGUAUUUCGACACGGCUUUGGAGAACCAGAUACUCAGGAUUUGGAAUGUGCUGGCGAGGCGACGGCUCGGGAGUUACCUGAUCGAGACAUCUGCCAGGCCGCAUGUCAGUCUCUCCCUCCACACCCCAUCUGAUCUGGAACCUUCCAAGCUUCGCACAGCCAUAGAGAAUUUCGCACAGCAGCAGCACCCCAUUCCAGUCGCCUUGGCUGCGGUCGGGAGCUUCCCAGCAGCUUCUGUGCCACGACCCGCGUUCUCUCCCACGGCGGUUAACAGCAACAGCCAUGCUUCGGCAGGGAAUAACUCUGUAAUGAGUGCAGAUGUUCCUUCUAUUGCUCUGCUCACACUUCACGAGCAACUGCAGGAGCUCCUGAAGAGACUAGCCAUCCCUUGCGACCCCAACUACCUGCCCGGAUCCUGGCUGCCCAUCUGCCCGGUUGCUCAAGAGCUGCCCGAAGGAAAACUCCCCAGCAGUUUCCACACCGUUCGAUCCCAAAAGCUGCCCCUUUGUGGGCACCUUUGUGAAAUAGGCCUUGUGGAGUUUGUCCCUUCUGGUGCUGGUGCUGACUCACGCCAGCUCAGCGCCAGCAAGGCAGAUGGUGGCAUGGUUGGGACCGUGAUCGGUAGUAAGGGGUGGGGGAGGGAGAAGGAAGGUGGAAUGGUGCAGGGGCGUGUGGUAGAGCAUUACUCCUUUACACUGGGAGGAGACUUCAUGUGA